CGCCCCCUGAGAUCUCUUGCCGCUGACUCCGGGGUUAUCUAUGCGAGCGACGCACAUACUCGGUAGUUCGGGCAAAAAAAAGCGAAAAUAAUGCGGCUGCUCUAUCGCCCAUGUGGUAUAUUUUUUGCAAAGGGACGUAUUAUAGUAAACCGAUAUUACACCAUACGGCCGGUACCGGGACGAAGGCAAAUUUUAUAAGAGCUAGAUACCCUUCGCGGUAGCCUAUACGCGUCAUUAAUUAUUGUUUAAUACCUCCCACCUCUAGCGAUCACCAACAUGACGGAGCCAAAUAUUGCUAGGUCUUUGGCGCCAGCACCUCCUGGCUAUCAGCGGAGAUCAAGUUCAGAGACUGUGAAGCCAAGGAAGAAUAUAUCAACUGCUUGCAAAGCUUGCAAAACCAGAAAAUGGAAGUGUUCGGGAACAGUUCCAUGCAGCAACUGUGUUCGAAGCAAUACUGAAUGUAUUAUAGACGAGUCCAAUGACAACCGUCGCAGGAUGGCCGUGAAGCGUAAAAUGGCGGAGCUAGAAGACCACAAGAAUACACUGGACCGACUUGUCGAGGCGCUUCGGCUCUCUACCAACGAACACUUUAUGCAACUCUUAGACCUUAUUCGCUACAAGAAAGCACCCUUAGAAACCGUCAAGACGUAUCUCGAUCGAAAUGUGUCUGACAGUGAAUUUGAGGCAUCUCCUGAGCUGCAGGCAAUCCACAACGAGAUUGAAAUGAGAACACGACCGAGAUCCAGCCGCCGAAUCUUGGAUGUCACCUGGCUCUCACAUAUUCCCGUCGUUGACGUGCCAGCUGCGCCAUGGACAACUGUUACAGACGACGAUGGUCUGGUAUCGUAUCUCAUCUCACUAUGGCUGACAUGGAGUCAUCCUUUCUGCAAUUGGAUUGACCGCGACCUGUUUAUCCGAGACAUGAAAUCGAAAAAUGCCAGUUCUAAAUAUUGUUCGCCAUUUCUUGUCAAUAGCAUUCUAGCUGAAGCUUGUCAUUAUUCCGAUUAUCCGGAGGUUUUUAAAGAUCCAAACGACCCGAAUUCCAAGGGUAUGCAUUUCUACAAGGAGGCCAAGCGGCUACUUGAUAAAGAGGAGGGGCGAGUUAAUAUUACAUCCCUCCAAGGUUGCACCACGUUACUGGCCAGCAUGGCUAUUAUGGGUAAAGACCGCGUCGCCUGGCUAUAUCUCGGCCAGAUAGCACGAAUGGCAGCCGAAAUAUCGGCAUCCCUUCCGCCAAAGUCACCGCAUGGAAAUGAAAAGCUGCUCGACGAAGCUAGGUCAAUUGACAACACACUCUGGGGAGUGUAUAAUAUUACUGCAAUGUAUUCCACUGCGUUUAUGAAACCUCUUGAUUUAAAAGUACCCUUGAGACCCAGGUUUCCCUGUCACCAUAGAUAUGAUGGCAUGGUGUGGGAGCCAUACCCUCGCCGAACCGAGAAACAAGCAUCUCAUCUUGGAUGCGUGCUCAACAGUCUUGCUAGCCUGAAUGCGAUCAAUAUAGAGACCACUCGACGGAUUUUGAAAGAUGAAGCACGAAAGUUGAUGUCUCGAGCUGAGAUAGAGAUUGUAGCUGACUCUAUAUACCCCCGGCUACAAAGCUGGUUCAUUGAUCUACCUCCAUGUAUCCAAGAAGGACAGUCAUCACUACCACAUAUUCUUCUCUUACAUAUGUACUAUCAUAGUACAAUCAUGGUGUUAUUCGGGUUUUUAAAACACCCAUUGAAAAGGCCUGAACAGGCGCGAAUCAUUUCUCCUGAGCAUGCACGAGAGGCUUGCAUAGAGUCGGCAUUGCAGAUUGCGCAGAUGAUUCGAAGUCACCGUACCAAAUGGGGUAUUGAAUAUAUCUCAGCGACUGCUGUGUAUUGGGUAGCAGUUGCUCUCUUCACGCUUCUAGAUGACCUCGAUAACCCCAAUAGCCGAGACGCUUUCAUUGAUCUUUGUUUCGUGGCACGGGUAUUCUCACGACGCUGGCUCGUGGCUAAGGGUAUCCUGCGGAUGCUACAGAUUACAGCUAAUCAGAUGAACAUUGACUUCCCGGUAGAAACAGAUGUUCUACUGGACGACUUCGAGACUAACAUAUGGGAGGCGGAAAAGGACGGAAGACGUUUCAGCAGUGCCUAUCCGAACCUCAUGCUGUUCCUCGAGGGAGUCCCCGGCUUUGGCAGCGGCAUGGGAAAUUCUAUUGAUAUGGAUGAGCUAUUGGCAAAGUGGGAUGGAGUGAAGUUGGAGAACGCGCGGCAGUUCGAAGUAAUUGCGGGACGGGGACCUCCUGCCGAGGCGACUCACCCGCCUCCUAAUUUCCAUGUUUAUGGCUGAUUUCUUGAUUCAUUGAAUCCUUUUUGUGCGAUUGGCUAUUUUGGUAUUUUCGUCUAUCAUUGAUAUUAAUAAUGGGCCUAGCAUUUUCACUUCUAGAUAAUCUCAACCUGUUUGCUAC